UCUGGCGGCGCGUGUGGAAGUGUUUGGAUUCGUGGUUGAUUUUCCCGAAGGCAAAGAUAGCUCAUUUCUUUCUUUUCACCAAGUGAGGAAAAAAUUCAAUUAAACUAAUCUGUUCGCAGUGUAUAAUCAUUAGAUUGGUUCCAUCAAAGCUGCUAUCGUUGGUGUUACAAUACGCAUAAAUAAAACUUCAAAUCAGUGCAAUAGCGAAGAGCAACAACAUCAAAAUCAGAACCAUCGUUGGAUUAGGAACCUGUGAACGAUGGCCGCCCCAGCACCAGUAAAGAAAGUGCCAAUUCAUCUUCAGAGUGCACAAAACCGACUGUACAUAAAACGAGGCCACGUGGUGAACCACGACGGUAUCCAGCAGGCAGACGUCUACAUCGAGGAUGGAACAAUCAGAUACGUCGGCACGGGUGCGGAUUUUGUCGUCCCAGGAGGCUGCCGCACGAUAGAUGCUACGGGCAAGAUGCUCCUUCCGGGUGGUAUCGAUCCACACACACAUUUCCAGCUGGAGUUUGGAGGCACCGUGUCUGUUGAUGACUUUUACCAGGGUACCAAGGCGGCCGUCGCCGGCGGAACGACCACAGUCAUUGAUUUUGUCAUCCCGAAAAAGGGCGAAUCCCUGCUGGAGGCUUAUGACACGUGGCGAGUCCGAGCGGACUCGAAAGUGGUGUGCGAUUACGGGUUGCACGUCGCCAUCACCUGGUGGUCCAAAUCGGUCCGGGACGAGAUGAAGAUUCUGUGCCAAGAACGGGGUGUGAACUCAUUCAAGUGUUUUAUGGCGUACAAGGGUUUGUUCCAGGUGACCGACAGUGAGCUGUAUGAAAUAUUCGAAACUUGCAAAGAGCUCGGUGCAGUUGCUCAGGUUCAUGCCGAGAACGGAGACGUCAUUGCCAAGAACGUACAAAAGCUACUGGAUGCGGGUGUCACCGGGCCCGAGGGCCAUGAGCUGUCCCGCACGGAAGAAGUGGAAGCCGAGGCGGUAAACAGGGCUUGCGUGAUUGCUCAUCAGACCAAAUGUCCGUUGUACGUAGUGCAUGUGAUGAGCAAAUCGGCCGGUAUUGAGUUAGCACGUGCUCGACGCCGUUACAAUGGUGUAGGUAUUUUCGGCGAAACCCUAGCGGCCGCCUUAGGCACCGAUGGCACACAUUACACCGACAAAUGCUGGCACCACGCAGCCGGUCAUGUCCUGAGCCCUCCGCUCCGACCGGAUCCAACGACGCCAGAAUUUAUGAUGAAACUGCUCGCUCAAGAUGAUUUGCAAACUACUGGCAGUGACAACUGCACCUUCAACAAGAGCCAAAAAGAACUCGGUCGAAGUGACUUUUCGAAGAUUCCCAAUGGCGUAAACGGAGUCGAGGAUCGUAUGUCGGUCGUUUGGGAGAAGGGAGUGCAAACGGGGUUGAUCGAUCCGCAACGGUUCGUCGCCAUCACCAGUACCAACGCGGCCAAGAUCUUCAAUCUGUAUCCUCGCAAGGGCCGUAUCGCGCCUGGCUCGGACGCGGAUAUACUUAUCUGGGAUCCGAAGGAGAUCCGCACAAUCUCGGCCUCAACGCAUCAUCAGGCGUGCGAUUUCAACAUUUUCGAGGGCAUGAAGUGCCAUGGGAUACCGGAGUUUGUAAUCGUGCACGGCCGCGUCUGUGUGGAGAACGGAGUAUUUCGAGUAGCCGAAGGCCAGGGUUCUUUCCUGGAGACUCCGGUCUUUCCACCGUAUGUGUACGAUGCACUCAAUGGAAUCACCGAUCGAAAUGGUGAUGACAAGAGCGCCCGGAAUGGAUUGCAGAGUUUGGAUUUGAAUCAGAAACACGAUGUUGACAUUCCGGAUCCGUACGCUUUACCGGAAAAAUAUAUUCCGGGACCGGCAUUGAGCAUCAUGUCGGGGGAUUCGCAGAUUAGCACUCCGCACAGUGCGCGAGGUCACCGACCAGACGGCAGCAAGGAUAUGCAGCAGUCGACCUUCUCUAUCAGCGAGGAGCUCGAUGGAGGCGAUAAACGUUCGUGCAUCCGCGUGAAGAAUCCACCCGGUGGAAAGUCUUCGGGAUUUUGGUAAACUCAGCGAUUGAUAAUGCGUCUAAGCCGCUUCCAACAAAUAAUGUACCACUUUUUUCGAGUAAAAUUCAAAAUAACAAUAAAAAAAUACCAACAAUCAGCCCACAUCUCAGUGCGACGAGUCAGUAAGGAUUACAGGCUGAUUCGGAUGACGAAGUUGGAUUGACAAAGCAAGACACGUCGUGAGACACCGUGUUUAAAACUAAACCAAAACAGAUCAAUACCGUUUAGAGCAGUAGUAGUUAAGCUAACAAUUUACUAUAAUGCGUACCAAGUAAUAGAAUCACAGGUCAAGUAGGUAUUGCAAUCUUUCUACGUUCGCUCACCAAAAGAUGAUUCGAAAAGCACAUCAACUUAGCAACCCAGCAAACUCUGGGUCGAUUUAGAAUCGGCAGGGGAACCGAAAACUGUAAUGUCUUUUGAUUUUGUGAUAGAUCGAACAAAUUGAAAACCAAACAAAUAAUCGUACUAAAUACUUGAAUGUCUCUAGUUGUGCACCGAUUGAUGAUUUUGUUAGAUCAGCUUUAAAUAUUUAACUUAACUUUAUUUAUUUGCAACUCAUUCGCAAAGAUGACACAUAUUACUUGACAGGGUAAUAUUCAACUUUCGAGCAGGCUGAAAUGUGCAAUCAAAUUUCGUAGAAAAAUAUAAGAACACCUUCAAAAUUGAAACCCAUCCAUUCAAACGCACAAAUCAUUCAUCUGUCAUCAAUCAUUAUAACAAAAUCUUUUUACGAAUUGUCUACAUACUUAGAUUACAAUAAAGAAAAGUGUACCUUCCCGUAAGAAAAACCCGUUGCGAUUAAGUUUUUAAAUUUAGGCAACAACAAGGAAAACUUGUUGAACGUUUUUUUGUUCUUGUAAGCUUAGUAAAAUGUUUAAGCCCCGCGUAACAGCGAAUCGUUUGUGAACGUUUGCUUAUAUGAGAAAUUUAAAAUUAUAGUGGAUGCGUUUUUGUUUCCGUUUGUAUUUAGCGAAAUGCAAAAUGAAAAGUGUAAUUUAAGUUAACCCUAGCGUGGCUCUUGUAUUUGUGAAAACAAAAAUAUACUUAAUAAACUGAAA